ACAGUUUUUGUUUGAUUUUUUUUUCCCCCCCUCCUCCUCCUCCUCCAGUGUGAAAUUACCGUUAAAUAUUACCGUGUCCGGUCCCGAGGAUCUGUUCCGUUCACCCGGACGUGUCGCCGGGUCCAGACGUGGACACACUGCCGGUGUCGAUGUGGCAAAGCCGAAGACGAACGAGUGCGAACCCGGAGCGGCGGCGCGUGUGAACCGCUACAUGCUACGUGGACAGUAACAGAGAGGGAAGCUGCUAGCUACCGAGAAGGAGAAGGAGAAGAAUCCGGUUUUUAUAACUUAUAUUUUAUUUAUUUUUUAAACCAAAUCUCACCGGACAGAUGUUCAGAAGCUGCGGGACCGCACCGGACUCCGUUCGGGCGGAGUUAGCGGGCAGUUAGCUCUGUCUCCGCCCGGCAGCCGAGGGACGAUGGACGAGUGAAAGAAACCACUGGAGCCAACCGGAGAGGUUCGUCUCUCGUGUCCCGCGGAGGGCGACUCGACCCCCGCCGAACCGUCCUGCCUCGUCCGUCCGUGGUUGUGAUCACCGGAGCGGGGCAACAUGAUGUACUCCUCGAGAAGAAAGCCCGUCCUCUACUUCAAAGAGGAGCGGAGGUUCCUGUCUGGUAGAUGUACCGUCUACAAGCUGUUUGGCCUCUGCAUGGUGCUGGUGCUCGUCUCUCUGCUGUGGCUUCAGCUCAGCUGUUCGGGUGACAUGUCCUCCCCCAUGCACGAGGACAGACGCCCACCUCAGCAGCAGCAGCAGCCGCCUCCCCCGCCCUGUCCCGCCGACGGCCGGGCGACUGCAGUGGACGACCCCACCUGGGGUCCUCACAAACUAGCCCUCAUCAUCCCCUUCAGGGAGCGCUUCGAGGAGUUGUUGGUGUUCGUUCCCUUCAUGCACAUGUUCCUCAACAAGAAGAAGAUCCGCCACAAGAUCCUCAUCAUCAACCAGUUGGAUCACUACAGGUUCAAUCGAGCGUCCCUCAUCAACGUGGGCUACCUGGAGAGCGGCAACGACACGGACUACCUGGCGAUGCACGACGUGGACCUGCUGCCCGUCAACGACGCGCUGGACUACGGUUUCCCCGCGGACGGGCCGUUCCACGUGGCCUCGCCUGAGCUGCACCCGCUCUACCACUACAAGACCUACGUGGGAGGGAUCCUGCUGCUCACCAAGAAGCAUUACCACAUGUGUAAUGGGAUGUCGAACCGGUUCUGGGGCUGGGGCCGUGAGGACGACGAGUUCUACAGACGACUGAGAAAAGCUGAACUGCAGCUGUUCAGGCCGAGUGGAAUCACGACAGGAUACAAAACCUUCCUCCACAUCCACGACCCGGCCUGGAGGAGGCGGGACCAGAAGAGAGUCGCCGCCCAGAAACAGGAGCAGUUUAAGGUUGACCCGGAGGGGGGGCUGACGAACCUGCUUUACCAAGUGGAGUCCCGACAGGAGCUGACCAUCAGCGGCGCUCCGUGCACCAUCAUCAACACCAAACUGGAGUGUGACCAGAACCAGACGCCCUGGUGUCUGAUGGCGUAGGUGACGGAACUACCGCCGGAAUUCAAGUCCUGUUUGUCGUCCCCCCCCACCCCCCCCGGAAUUAAACCAGUUUUGGGAAACGACGUCCAGGAGCUUUACUUUCCUGACAGUUAGGUUUUUUCCCCGUGGAUCAGUGAAACGUCACGUGGCGACUGGUAUAAACAGACUUGUUGAACAUUGAUUGAUUGAACUGAAACUGAUCACCUGCAGCAGCCUGGAGUUUAAACUCCCUGAGGAUUAAACCUUGACGAGUCUCCUCCUGUCAAACUGCUCAGUUCAGCAACAAAACAUUCAAACAUGCUGAAUGUUAUUAUUAUUUUUCGGACGGAGACGAACUGUCACAUGAGCUGAACCAAGCCCGACCCGUCUCGAGACAUUCGAUCCUGUUUGGUUCUCUCCGGUUCCUGCUGACGCGACGUUAACGUGAAACAAAGUGGGUUUUUUUGGUUUUUUGUUUGGGGCUUGUGCAAAUAGAGCAGCGACGACAGAGGAGCGGCGAUGUUUCGAUACUGCGACAUCAGAGUUUCUUCUUUCAGGUUUUUAUCCGUGUAAAGUAAUGAAUAUGAGAUUGGUCGAUGCUUGAGGAUUCCCCAAAAACAACUCACCCUUGGGUGUGUCGUCGUGUUUUAUUUCCACGCUUGUGGGAUUGAAAGUUUUUGACGGGGAAAGUGUUUUUUUUAUUUUUGACAGUAUUUUCCUUUUUUUCUCCUUUUUUUGCAUUUGCCAAAGGAAAAAAAAAAGACUUCUUUGUCUCAACUUUAUCUAAUUAUCUAAUACUUACAAUUUUGUUUAUUUUCAUCUCAUAACUACGAGAAAAACUGCUGUGAGUUUUUAUUUUUACUUUGAGAUACAAAGUCCUAAUAAUGAGAAGGCACCUGAGUUUAUUUUUUACUUUGAUGAAUGUAGUGUCUUCAACGUUUAACUGAGCCAAACUCAGGCUCCGCCCACACUGAUGUGUUGUACUUUUUAAAACUUCAUCACCGUUACUAUGGUAACACCUCGCAGAGUACUUGCCUUUGAAUUUAGAGACUUGUGGAAACGCUACCGGUCCACGUGUCGGUGUGAAAACUCCCAGUUGUGUUUAAGUUCGCAAAACGAUGACGCAAGAAGACGCCCACUUUCUCUUCCCUGAUUGGUUCUCGUCAGGCGAAGCGUCGCCAACACUUCCUGUCAGUAACACUCCCAUCUCAUUGCCGACGUCCUCAGAAACACAGGACAGGUUUAUUAUUUUAAAGUUCAUCCACAAAUUUAAAACAUCGUUAGUCUUUUUAAGUUUAUUUGAUAUUAUUAUAUGUCACUGGUUAUUUUCACACUAUGAAAACGCACACGGGAGAGUAAAGACACGUUUAGUUUGCUUUGGGCUCGUUUUCUCUGUUACACCAUUUAAAACCUCAGAAGAGUUAAGGUCACUUCAUAUUUCACUGUAUCAUGACCGUGUCAUCGCAGAUUUUUCUCAAGUCAUGAAAAAAAAGAUGAUUUUCACCUGCAGACAACAUUCAGGGCUCAGCGUUCCCACGUUGAUGCUACCACAUGAAAGAAAAAGUAUUUUAAAAACGGACAUGUGAUAAAGUUUCCGUCUGUUACCGGGACAACCCGCGUUGUGUCUGUUGACGGGAAGCCGCCGAGGAAUCUUGUUGUCACGACGAUCCAGCUGUCAGGAUGAAUCUGUCGGACACUGUCUGGUUCUCUGCUGUUGUCGUGUGCUGGUCGGCCUCCGGGUGGCGCUCUGGACCUUUUUUUUUUCUUUUUAAACGUAAUGGAUUUAGAUCAUGUACAGACCAUGAAGUCGUACUUAUUUUAUUUUACAGAAACUAAUGGUACUAUGUAUUUGUACAAUAUUGAGUAUUUAUAUAAAUCUGACUCGACAGAAAAA